CUAGCCCACACCCCCAUGCAGGUAGUCCAGUCCCUCCCUCCUGAGAAUGACUGUUAUAAGCCAGAGACAGAGGAGCAUCAGCACAGAGAACGGCAUCUUCACGACACAGGGAUUUACCACAAUCUCACAAGCAAGAAAAAUUCCACCCAGGAAAUGGACAACAGGCUGGUUUGUGCCGUCGCUCUGGUGAUAGGAUGUUGCGUCCUGGCGGCCGAAGGCAUCACCUCGACCGUCCCCGUGGGCGAUCUUAAAACACCCAUUCGUCGCGAGCCCUGUGGCCGCAUGAAGUUUUGCGGGGAUGCUCCAGCAGGCUGCGAUCCCCAUGGCAACAGCACCUGUCUGUUCACCUCCGCCACCGCCGCCACCCCCGUGAUGGGCAGCCGCCCCAACGUGGCCUUCGAGCUGCGCGGCGACUCCGAAGGCUACAUCGUCCUCGUCCUGUCCCCCAAUAAAGAUCUGGGGGGGAAUGAUGAGGCCUUUGUCUGCGCUCAGGACAACAACACCCUCCGCUUCUUCACCGCGACCUUCAACAAUGCAACGCUAACCGUGACCAACAAGACUGGAGUGGUCAGCGAUGUUCUGGCCUCACUCAAUGCCAACGUGAUCCAAUGCACCUUCACCGCUCUGGGACUGAACGCCACGGCCAGCAGGGCCAGCAGUGACACCACCUUCUACGUCUUCGCUGGCAGAGGGAGCUUCGUCAAUGGAGCCCUGGGGAAUCCCACAAUUACCUUUACGAGCAACGGCAGUGUGGAUCUGACCAGCCUCCCACCUCGAACUCCGGCCGCGGGCAACGCAACCUCCGUCGCCAACGCAACCUCCGUCGCCAACGCAACCUCCGUCACCAACGCAACCUCCGUCGCCAACGCAACCUCCGUCGCCAACACAACCUCCGUCGCCAACACAACCUCCGCCACCAUCCCCGUGGGCUCUCUUAAAAACGCCAUCCGUCGUGCGUCCUGUGGCCGGACGAAGCUUUGUCAGGAGGUUCCGACGCAGUGCGACCCCAGCGGGAACGGAAACUGCCUGUUCGUCUCCGCCACCGCCCUCAACAGGAGCGCCAACGCCGGCACCAACGUGGCCUUCGAGCUGCGAGGGCUCUCCACCGGCUACAUCGUCCUCAUCCUGUCCAGCCAAAAGAAUGAGGCAGGGAACAACCAGGCCUUCGUCUGCGCUCAGCAAAACAGCACCCCCCGCUUCUUCACCGCAAACCUCAACAACAAAAAAUUGAUCACAAACAACAGGACCGGAGCAGUCAGCGAUGUCCUGGCCUCACUCAAUGGCAGUGUGAUCCAAUGCACCUUCACCGCUCUGGGACUGAACGCCACAGCCACUAGAGGCGCCGACACCGCCUACUUCAUCUCCGCUGGCAGUGGGACCUUCAUUAACGGAGUCCUGGGGGAACCCACCUUUAGCCUGAGGAGCAACACCAGCCUGGACCUGACCAACACCAACAGCAACCAGACCGCAGCGGGAGGCAACGGGGGAACCUCCCUGCACCCCGUUUCCCUGGUUUUGAUGGUCCUGCUCAGCGCACUGAUCUCCCGUCUGGUUUGAGAAGCUGAAUGAAACAACCCCCACCAUCCCCGCCUGUACUAUUAU